UAUAUAUAUGGGAUGAAUGUAGUUGAACAAAAUAGUACAUAUAAGACCACAUUAGCUAAAAAAAUUGGAGAAACUUCCUGAAUUAACUAUUAAGCCUCUUUCUCCAUCUCUCUAUGAUAUCAGAUGUUGAAUAUUAAUUUGCACCAUAUAUGUAUAUAAAGUAUUAUAGAAAUUGCAGGUAUUUGCAAUAGUAUUGAAUUUUUUAAUUUUUUUAAUUUUAUUGAAUUUGAAUUUUAAAUCAGAACACUAUAUUUUUCUUUAUUUAAUAUUUAUAGUUUCCACUUCAUUAAUUUUCCUUCCUAAUCCAAAUUGAUUUUCUGCAAUGAUCCACUCUGAUACGGUUUAUGUCAUCCUUUGUUUCUCUACAAAUUAAUAAAAUAUCACAUGAUUCUUUUAAUGUCUUACUAGCUAAAAACACAAGUGACAACCAUAUACAUACAUACAUAUAUAUAAAACUUCUCAAUAUGGGUAUUAAUGAGAAAGAUAAGAUCGUGUAUAUACAAACUUUAGAGCUGCACUUGGACCACUUUAGAGGUGUGCUAUUCGUUUGGGAUUAAAUACAUGCAUAUAAAAACCAUAUGAUGAUGAUGAUAUAUAUAUAUAUAUCUUUUGUACAUAAAUAAACUCAUACCCCCUUCAUGAUUAAAAAAAUGACUAGGGCAGUUUCUUCUUUCCAAAAUGGUGUGAGUUGGCUUACGCUAGCUAUAUAACUUCACUAGUAUUGAAAGUUGCAAUAGUAUUGAAUUUUUUUAAUUUUAUUGAGGUCAGUUUUUUGGUUAAUAUUUUUUGUUAAUGUUGCAGAAGUCUGAUUUCUUCUGUACUAUUAGCUAGAGGAUAAAUAUUUGUGUUUAUGUCAUGUUUCUUUUUUCUUGAAGGAAUUAAAUUUGUAUUAAAAUGAUUAUUGUAUGGUUGUUAAUAUAUUUCCCCAUUUUAUGUUACUAUUGAUUUGGUGAUUUAGGAUGGAAGUUUUAUUAUUGAAUUCUAUAAUGGAAUCAAUACAGAGGCUGCGUAAUGAUUAUGCUGUGUUGAAAGAUGAUUUGAGAGUAAUUAAAGAUGAAUUACGUGCAAUAACUGAACAUGGGAAACAUAGACAUAGUGAGGCGAAUUUUUUUUAGCGUAAAAUGGUUGAAAAAUUAAUUGGGAGGAAGGAAGAUGUUGCUUUUGUAAAUCCUUUAGGUAAAGACAAAGCAAAUGAUUUUGAUAGACACAAAGAUGGUGUCGUUAAAUGUAGUGGGGUUGAUAGCAAAGUGGAAGAUUUAAGUAACGGUGAGUUGAAGAAGUCUGUAGGAGAUAUUCAGGGGUUAGAUGAUAGCUCAACUAAUAUAGAAUGCAAAAGGAAGACAUGUGUUGGUAAUGGAGAGGAUAAAUGUUUGGGGGGAAACUUCGAGAACUUUGAUGAUACUGUUUUCAGGAUUUCAUCCCAAUUUGGAGAAACAUUAUUGCAGCGUGAAAUGUCGAUGAAAGUAAGUAAUGGUAUCUUUUCGUAGGUUAAAAGUUGAUUAUUAUUUUUUUUUGGUAUUUUUAGCUUUUUUAAUUUACUUGUUGAACCUAAUUGGUUGUUAAUUUUGAGAUUGUAGAAGCCUAGAGUUUGUACGAUUAACCAAAAAUGUUCAAAGUUGUCGAAUGUAAAAGUAGGAAGCCAGUCAGUGUCUAGUAGCAUUGGUGGGCUUGUUGAUCGGAGGAAAAAAAAAACGGUAAAUAUGUAAUUGAGUACGUUUUAUAUUUAUUUGUUAUUGUACCUUGUUUUAUAAUUUACUAGUUUAUUUAAUCAGGUGAAGACUAAAUCACAAACAACUCCACGUGGAGUUUAUUUUUCUAAUGUUACAAUUGGGCAGAGCCAAAGCAUAGGGCCCUUUAAAAUUCGCACUCCCAUAAUGGACGAUGAUAUAGGAAAAUUAAUAGAAUACAUAUUUGAUGAUAGUUUGAAUUCGGAUGAGACACUGGUAGACACGGGGUUUAAUCAUCUCACGCGUGGUUUGGUUCGAACAUUGUGUCCUGGUGUUUUUAUUAAUGGAGAGGUGUUGAAUGUAGUAUGUGAGAUGAACACACGUAGGGAGCAGCAAGUUUCAACAGAGAGUCGUUCGUCAUGGUAUUUGAAUACUAGAAUGACGUGUAUUGGAAUUAGUAUUCAGAACUUGUUUCCUCAAAGUGGUCGAUCUGAUUCAGCUCGUAAACUUUUUAUUGGAGAUUUGAAUUUAUGUGGGAAGAUUAAGAUUCCAGUUCACAACGAGGAGAUGCAACACUGGGUUCUCUUUAUAGUUCAUGUAGGUAAUGGGGUUGUCGAAAUAUGUGAUUCGUUCCUGCUAGGGCGAAAAGAAUCAUUAUCACAAUCUCUUGUUCCAGUGGUGUUGCAGCAGCUUGAUUUAGUUCUCCGAGAUGAGUUAUCACGAUGGAAGGGACCUGUGAAGUCAUUCACAUGUUUCAAGGCUUUCACUAAUAAUGAAGUUGUCCAACAAUCAAAUGGAUAUGACUGUGGUAUUCAUGUGAUAAAUUGGAUGGCACAACGCAACCCUUCUAACUUCAAACCGAAGGGUUAUAACUCGGAUGAUGAGAGGGCUCAUGUUGCUGUUGGUUUAGUGACAUCUCUACACAACAAAGUUAGGGAUCAAGUAAGGGCUUCAACGAGGACAAAGACGAAUUCUGCUCGAUGUGUAGGGAAAUAGGUUUGAUGAUUAGUAAUUGUGAGUGAGGUGUGUCAUGAAAAAUAUGUUUAAUGGGGUGUGGGUCUAUUGUCAUGGGUGCUCCGCAUAUCCUUUUGAGCUAAUUUAUGUAUUGUCAUAUACGUUUAAUUUGAUCUUGUUGCCCCUCUCUAUAUGUGAAUGACAGGGUGUUUAUUGUGUGGGGUGAUGAAUUCUGUGUAGAUAGGUGUGAUGUAUUAUUAAAAUGAACAAUGAUGAAUCAGCCCCUACUUUCAUAUAUUGAAGACAAAUAAAAUAUAUUAAAAAAACUACCAUGGCAUAUUAAGCAUGUUCUAUUAUAGAGCUUCA